CCGAAGAAGAAGAAGCAGCGGGCGGCCUUCACAGACAGUAGCAGCUAACUUCUUCAGGCUAAAACGAAAAAUCCCUCCAUCUCCCUUUACCUGCCGACCCGAGGCUUGUCCGGAAUAAAGACUCAUUCAUGUUUUGUCUUAGGAGAGGAUAUUAAUUAACACGCAAACAUGUCUGGAGCGUGUCGGGACAGAAGGAGUCGCUGGCAGGAGAUUCAGAAAGGCCUACAGUUCAUUCAAUCAACCCUUCCAUUUCCUGGAAGUCAAGACCAUUAUGAGGUGUUCAUUAAAGAGCUUGUUUGGAAUCUGUUUGGUGAAGGAAAUGACGUGUUUAAAGAAGGGGAAUGGACGAAAUCCAUCGAGAUGUUUACGGAAGCGCUGAGUAUAGCAGACUACGCCGACUCAGAGGAUAUUUGUGUUCCAACGAGUUUAUUGGAAAAGCUUUAUGCAAACCGAGCUGCAGCUUACCUUAAUAUUAUUCCGGGACUGUAUGAUCAAGCACUAGAAGACUGUGAAAAGGCUCUCCGGCUAAACGAGGGGAACUACAGAGCGUUAUACAGGAAAGCAAAAGCCUUGAAAGAGCUGGGGAGACAUCAAGAGGCCUAUGAGGCUGUUGCCAAAUGCUCCCUUGCAGUGCCUCAGGACUCCAAUGUCACACAGCUGACUCAGGACCUUGCCAAAAUUUUGGGAUUGAAAAUCCGUAAAGCUUAUGUAAGAAAUAAGCCUGCCUUGAAUGUGAUGCGAGGAUCAGGGUAUCAAGAUGCACCAUGUGACAAAUUUUCUCAUGGGUCUUCUUCAGUUGAAGAUAUAGAAAAUGAAGUGCCUACGUUGACCCAGGAUAGCAGUGUUUUGGCUCCAGUUCCAUCUCCAUCGGUGGUUCACACAACCCUGAACGACGCGGUGGUGGAUGAACUUCCUCCCAGUAAUAGCAUCUUAUCUGUGACCCCGUCCGAGCCGCCGGGCUUCGAGUCCGGCCCCCUGUCUGUGUCUGCGCCCACAUCGGUCCCCCUCCCCGUGCACACGUUUGUAAACGGGUGCCGAACCAGCAAGCCUCUCUCCAUCCUGGAAACCAGUCAAGAUUUUGAUGCGGACAUCAUCGGGGACGACCUGGAUGAUCUCCUGGACCAAGCCGGCCCCGAAUCUGUCAUGGAUAUUCCCACGGUGAAGGGGCCUCUUCCUCUGCCAACCAGUAUUGCCUCAGGCAGUUCCAUGUCAAGUCCAUUCCUGAUGCCAUCUCACAUGAACCCGUUUCUACAGAGUGGUUCGCAGCAGUGCACCGUCAACCUGCCGCCUCUCUAUCACAAGUCGGGGUCAAGUACUUAUUUUGGUAUGGACACUUUUGACACGCUGCCCCAAACGCUCAACACCUUGGAUAAUCUCAGCAUAUCGGAUUAUAAAUCAGAUUAUCCACAAGGUCCCUUCAUUCCAAAGAUCAACAAUAACGAUGCCCCGAUGGGGAUGGCGGUGGGCAUGCCUGAUCUAAAGGGCCUCCCUGCCGCCGUAGAUUUAGCCAAGAAUCCCUUAGCUGAAACGCAUGAAUUCAAGCAGGCGUGCUCGGUGUGCUACGUCAAAACUGGGCCCGGAGUGUUGGAUUACACACUUCACACUGAAGAACAUAAAUGCAAAAAGGACGUAUUACUCGGCAGAAUCAAACACUCGCCUGACAAAAUGUGGAAGCUCAUUCGACCCAGACCAACAAAAACCCAAUAUGUCGGACCUUAUUACAUUUGCAAAGAGGUGGCUGUUGGAAAAGAGUGCCUGUACCCUGGCCACUGCACAUUUGCAUACUGCCAGGAGGAGAUUGAUGUUUGGACGCUGGAGCGGAAAGGGUUCAUCUCCCGAGAGCUGCUCUUCGAUCCUUUUGGGCCAAACUCCAACGUCAGGUUGACGGUUCCCAAGAUUUUACAGGAGCACCGAGGGAUAUUCAUGUUUCUCUGUGGGAUUUGCUUCGACCACAAACCCAGAAUAAUCAGCAAAACCAACAAAGACGACCCAUCCCGCUGUUCUCAUCCGGUCACAAAGCACGACUUUGAGGACCAUAAGUGCCUGGUCCACAUUUUGAAGGAGAACACAGUCCGCUAUUCCAAAAUCCGACCUUUGACUCCCCACUGUCAGCUGGAUCUGUGUCGUCACGAAGUCCGAUACGGCUGCGUGAGGGAGGACGAUUGUUUCUAUGCCCACAGCCUCAUCGAGCUCAAGGUCUGGAUGAUGCAGCACGAGCUUGGUAUAACUCAUGAAAGUAUUGUCCAAGAGGCAAAGAAAUUUUGGAAUGCAACAGCUUCGUUGCAAGGAGCUCAGCUUUCCACUACACAGCGGAGGUUCGGUCCUCCAAAUCUGAAGAUGUUGUUUGUUUGUGGCCAGUGCUGGAGAAAUGGCCAGCUAAGUGAAGCUGACAAAAACAAGAAGUAUUGUUCUGCCAAGGCGAGACAUGUGUGGGCAAAAGACAGACGGGUUGUGCUUGUAAGUUCCCAUGAAAGGAAAAAGUGGACAGCAGUUAGAUCACUUCCAACCAAAAAACCCAUCCCAUCUCAAUUUGAGAUUUGCAUGCAUGUGACUGCUGGCAAGAAGUGUCAGUACAUUGGGAAUUGCACAUUUGCUCACAGUGUAGAAGAAAGAGAUCUUUGGACCUACAUGAAGGAAAACAACAUUCCCGAUAUGGAGCAGCUUUAUGAGCAGUGGUUGCAGUCUCAGAAGCCGGGCUGGGGCGAGGAGACUUCCAGUAACUCCAUCAGAGAGAACGGCAAACAGAUCCACAUGCCGACAGACUAUGCUGAGGAAGUGGCUGGGAAUCAUUGUUGGCUCUGUGGUAAAAACUGCAACAGCGAGAAGCAGUGGCAGCAGCAUAUCACUUCAGAAAAACACAAAGACAGAGUUUUCAACUCGGAGGAUGAUCAGAACUGCUGGCAGUAUAGAUUUCCCACUGGCACUUUCAAAGUUUGCGAGAGGUUCCUCAAAGGCACAUGCACGGAGGACGACUUGUGUAAACUGGCACACGGGGAACACGAGCUCACAGAGUGGAUGGAGCGCAGGGAAUUUCUUUUGAUGAAACUUGCCAAAGCCAGAAAAGACCAUCUUAUAGCACCAAAUGACAAUGACUUUGGAAAAUACAGUUUUCUCCUUAAAGACAUUAAAUAAAGAUGUGCUGACAAUAUCCAUGCUCACUUGCAACUGAUGCAGUAUUUAAACAGUCUUGAGGUCAGCGAGGGCCUCUGCCGAUCACAGGAAGUAGCCUGAUCACAGCAUGAUUUUUAAAAGGGGGGCGCUCAGGACGGCCCCCCUUAUUGGUGGCUGGUUUUCUCUGAUCAGAUCUACAUGAGUGUUAUGGGCAAAUAUUCAGUGGGCGACACUUGAAGCUUUGCUGUGCUUCAUGCAGAAGAACACCCGAAAACGAAAAAUAGCAUGUGUAAACCCCGAUCAGAGACGAGUUGUGAAAACUAGACUCGAAUUUAAAGAGAAAACAAUUCUUUUCACAAGCAGUUUGUAUAUGUUAAUGACCUUUUCCGUUUUAAGUAUGAAUUGCUUAAAUUGAGAAUUCAGUUGACAUUAUUUUGUCUUAAUCAGUCAAUAUAGGUCAUUUUCACUUUCCAUUUAUCUAAUAGUGCUACCAGUGUAAUGGGCACCCUACCAAAUAAAGCUUUUUUUAAUCUAUUGAAA